AUGAAUGAGAGCACAGUCGAAGGAACAACAUCAGGCCAUUUUCUUACAACAGCCCUCCGUAUAUCCUCAACUCAGCACUACCAAGAAGAGCAUUCACCAUCGUUGUCAGGAUCAGAUUCUCUUCAUGUGCCUUCCCCCAUGAUGGCUUCAAGUGGAAGUUACCCAAAUCAGCAUUCAACAUCAACGGCACAAUCAGAUAUUAAUGUCACACCCCGUCCCGUGGCCCCUGCUGAAGUGACUGUUAUGUCUGGAGACCUCCACAUCUCACCGUCUGGUCCAGGAAUGAGGUUACCAAUUGAACACUUUGUUUCUGCACCAGUGAUGAUACUCAUUGUGUUGGGAGUGAUGGCUGGGAUCGUCGGAACUAUUCUUCUCAUCUCUUACAUCAUCUGCCGAGUGACAAAGAAAAGUUCAGUUGACAUACAGCCUCCUGAGGGUGGUGACAACGGUGUGCCUUUGAGUUCUAUUGAGCAGACCACUGGUCAAGAGUUCUCCAAUGUUUGAAAGACCUCAAGGAAAACAAGACUUCAGUCAAUGGGAAAAGUAAUGCAAUAAUCGGACUUUUCAGUAAAUUACGUACCUUCCUGAACUGCACCAUUGAAAGAAGAAAACCACCUUUUGGGCCUCAGUGAUUCACUAUGGGGGUGGGGAAACUGUACAUUAAUAACUGAAGAUGAACAAAAGCUUCCUUGUAUGCUUGAUUUUGCUGGCAGAAGUUUUUGUAAGUGCUUGACUAGAAAUUUUACUCAAAACUU